AUGACUUCAAUUCAUUCCUUGGUUUCGUCUUCAUGUAGAACAGGACUUUAGAAGAAAAAGUCUUCUUAAAUUUUGCAUAAGCCCAUAACCAAAGAGAAAACUUAGUUUUUAAUAUCAGGUAGAUGUAAUUACGAUUCUUUAUAUUUAGCUCGUCCCAAUCAAGCAGACCAAGGGGAUAAUAGAUACUAAGUUACAUGUUUAUAUAGAGCUGUUUAAUCAUAAAAAAGAAAUGGAUAUGCAUGCCGAUCAUUAGGAGCAUUAUUUAUCGACAAAUUUUUAAUGAAGGGUAAAAUUUUAGAAGGGAAAUAUGAUCAAGAAUUCGUUGAAUAUUCUUUAUCAUUUUUUAGUCAAAAUACUGGAUUUUAAGGGAGUCAUAAUUUGUAAGAUGAUGAAAUGAUGAAUUUUUAUAAUCGAUUACCUUGUGAAGCAAUAACUGAAAAUGCUAGGAUCUAAUUUGAAGAAAAUAUUGAUAAACCCUACGAACGUCUUAAUCUUCUGUUCGUUGAUGGGAAAUUGGUUGGAAUUAAGAAAAAAAUGAAUUUUGAUUUCCUUAGAAUGAUGGGCAUAAAUGAAGAAAUUUUAGAAGACUAUGUAUCGAAGGAAGAUUAAUUUCCAACAUGUUGGAACAUUUCCUAAAUUAUUAAAGUAAGAGAGGGUUUUUUUUUUAAUUCCAAUUUAAUAAAUUUUCAAGGAGGAACAUUCGGCUCUGGAAUAGUAAUAAAAAAUUUCAGAUAAUCAGAUUCUUCAUAAAAGAUAUCCAAUUAAUAUAUUUACAAUAUAUAUUAUUGUGAUAGAAGUUAAUUAAAUGUUAAUAAUUUGGAGAGAAAUUUCUUAACAUAUUUUUAAUUGUAAGCGCUCACUUUACCAUAAAGAGUCUCAAUACAUCAAUCAAGAAUAAAGAGACCAUGUUUAGCAAAGCCGAUAAUAGAUUUUAAAUGA